UGCAAGCGUCGUCAGGCAGGCCGGGUCAAUAUCAAUCGGGCAGGUAGGUACAGGGGGAGCAAGCGGAGAAUGGUCGGGGUCACAAGCCAGGUUCAGCAGAGGAGAAUGGUCAGACAAGCCAGGGAUCAGAGCAGGGUCAGCAGAGAAUCAGACAGGAACAGGGAGCAGGAACAGGAUACAGGGCCCAGGAGAAACACACACCAAGGCAGAGUCUGCAGGUCUGAAUGUCCCUUAAAUACACCAGUAUAAUUAGUUCCAGGUGUUUGACUGGCUGCAAGGUUGAGUCUCUGAUUGCUGGGAGCACCCGCUGGCCAGCCCUGGUACUGCAGCUCAUAACGCA